UUUUUGUCAAUAAAGUUUUGAACAGGAAAAAAAAAAGCCAGACAGGCUGAGGAGGAGAAACUGUAGCUCUUAGCUAUCACUAGCUAGUUUCUCCACAGAUCUAACUAAAACUAUCAGCCGGUUGUUUUCAUACAGAACAACCUGAAACACUUCUUAUCGUGCGUUUUCCCUGCACAACACGAGAGAAGAAGGACAUUGGAUUUUCUCACAGUCAACCUCAGACGUUUGCCCCUCCCUCAGCUCUGAAGAUGGAGGAGGACCAUGUUCACUGUAUGUCCUGUGUUAACCAGAGAUGCAUGGUCAGACCUCAGCCAGGCAUUUCUUGCGAUCUUGUCACCUGUCCCCUUGUGUGUGGGGCUGUAUUUCACUCCUGCAAAGCUGAUGAGCACCACCUUAUGUGCCCGUUGGUGAGGGUCCCUUGCUUGAACAGUGGCUAUGGCUGCCCCGUGACCCUGGUGCGCAACCAAAUGUAUGCACACCUAGAAGUGUGUCCAGCUGGAGUCGUGUGUUGCACCAUGGAGUGGAAUAGAUGGCCUAUUAGCAGCUUGGACUAUACUUCCUAUGAGAGCCUGAGCCGUGGUGUGGAGGAGGCGGAGCAGCUAGACAUGGCACUUGCCCUUCAGGACCAGCGUACACUCCUGGAGUCCCUCAAGGUGAUUGCCAUGGCACCUACUGCAGAGGAGAAGCCAGUUAUCCCCGUUAGUAAGGAGAACCGGGAAAAAGACUCAUCUUUGCUUACACCUGCCCCUGAGGCCUCCACCUUUAUUGAAGCCCCUUCACAGUCAUCAUCCUCACAUCAGCCACAACCUCCCCCACCAGGCUCGGCGAAGGAGAAAAUUGCCAGUGGAAUUAAUGGCUUGAACGAGGAGCACUUCAGCAAGCUGUAUGAAGCCACAGUGGAGACUGCAAGAAGCUUAGUCGCUGCUUUAGAAUUUGUUAGCAGCAGCACAGAGCGCGUGAACAGAGGAGGUGAUCUGCAGAAGAACAGAGAACUCCAGAAUGGAGUGGAAGACGAAACACCCGAAGCUGCUGAAGGUUUGAAUAAAAGGAAGGCGGAGGAGCAAAGUGUUUGUUCUAGCUGUCUGAGAGGAAAUGUGGCUUUGAAAGAAACCGGUCUAAACACUUCAAACACAACGAAUGGACCACUGUCAGGAGCAAUGCAGGCCAAUCUGGAGACAGCCGGUCCUGUUGCGAUGCAAGAUGACAUGAAUGCUAAGGUUUCCACCCCUCUGAUGGCAUCUCCAGUGCAUGUCAGCCAAGGUUUAGCACAGAGGGCUGGCCAUGUAGUCUUAGAAGAUAGGGGGUUAGUUCUUUUAGAAAACCACGGGCCUGAGCGCAAGUUCCACAACUACCAGUUUUUUAGGGGCCAGCCUCAAUGUUCAUUACCUAAUGGGCGGGUAGGUUUCAUCCCAGACAGGUCAUUGUAUAGAUUGCGACCCAAAAUGGAGGACAAGGCUGUGGAUACCUCAGACCUGGAGCAGGAUGACGACCCCAUGGGUCUCGGAGAGAUUGAUCUGAUCACAGCAGCCCUGCUCUUCUGUUUAGAGGAGUCCAGGGAGUGUCGAAGGAUCUCCGAUACAAUCUAUGUUGACGGCUACCACGUUGACUUUGGCACACAGACUUUCACUUUCCCUGCAGCAAUCUUGGUAACCAACACUAGAGUGGGUGACAUGGCCUCUGCGUCUGCUUGUGACCACGCCGCCCCCCAGCUCUCCUACCCCAGCCCUUUCCGCACUCUCCGCCUUGGCCUCGUCCUCGAAGCUUUAGAGGUCGAGGCGGUCCCACAUAACCGCUACCUCCCUCCCAACCCCCGCUAUCAGCACAUGUUCCCCUUCGUCUGUGGUCAGUCAUUCCGCCGGGACCAGUUUUCCUCCCAUUUCACAAACGUCCAUGGUGACAUUCAUGCUGGUCUCAAUGGUUGGAUGGAGCAUCGCUGCCCCCUGGCAUAUUAUGGCUGCACAUUUUCCCAGCGGAGGUUUUACCCAUCCACCCGAGGGGCCAAGGUGGUUCAUGACAGGCACCUCAGGUCCUUUGGGGUUCAGCCUUGCCCAAGGGCAAAACUGCCAAGUGACUCCCAGUCUGACCAAUUUAGUGGGCUUCCCAUUGAGAUACUGUGGCACAUAGCUGGUUUCCUGGACAGUUUCAGCCUGUGCCAGCUGUCAUUGGUGUCACGGACUAUGAGGGAGGUGUGUGCCAGUCUCCUCCAGACCAGGGGUAUAGUAGACCUGCAGUGGGAGCGAAGGCCAUGCCCUGGUGCUCCUGGCACCGUGUCAUGGCAGAUCAAAAAUAGAGUGUGGAGAUUCAGCACUGCCUUCAGCCCAGUGUUGUCGUGGGGGUUCACUGAUCUCCCCAGCAUGUCGGACCAUCUUAAGAAGUGUCACUACAACGUAGUGGAGCACAAGACGGAGCCUGUACCUCUUCCUGCCAUGUGCACUGCCCGAGACGGACAAUCACUGCGACGCGUCCUGCGUCACAUAAACACCUGACCAAACGAGGCUGACCUCUCGUAGCCGCACAGGAGUCACUGUGGUAUUAUGUGGAUGCUGCAAUUAAAAGAUUUUCUGUCUUGAAAACAAUUAACUCUUCCUGUAUUACACUAGAUUAUGAAGAAGCCUUAAUGAAAUAACACUUUAUAGCAAAGUGAAGUCUGUCAUUGUGAGUGGUCUACGUGGAGAAAAAAAAAACAGCUUUGCAUGGAUUUGUGCUGAAAAUAUUCCCUUAUUACGGUAAAACAAAGUAUAUUUUCUUGAAGUCAGAUAUGCACAAUAGAUUUAUAUUAGUCUGUAUGAUACACUUAAAUUGAAUUUAAAUGUUUUCACUAUCUUGCCUUUCAGUAGUAGCCAUGGGAAAAAGCUGAUUGUUGGUUAUAUUGCACUAUUUCUGCGUGACAGAAGUUGCCAGCACUUUACACAAGAUUUGCUAAUCUCUCCUAUGUCGACACGUGACCCUAAAUGGUCUAGUCUUUCUGAUCCCUACAGAGGCUGCAGGUCUGAUGUCCGGGUUUCUAUGAUGUCAAGAAUCAAGAGAGAUGGAUAUUAAUAUGAGGUUAGCCUCAUAAUGCAUGUGAUUUGCUACCAUUUAAUAAAGUCUUUACAGCCUUUUA